AUGGAGGCAAGUGUUGGAAUGCUGGCUGGAUCUCACAAGAGGAACGAGUUUGUUCGAAUUCGGCACGAUUCGGAUAGUGGGCCCAAGCCGAUGAAGCAUUUGAAUGGACAGAUAUGUCAGAUUUGUGGAGAUACUGUUGGAUUUACUGCUACCGGUGAUGUAUUUGUUGCCUGCAAUGAGUGUGCCUUCCCAGUUUGCCGGCCUUGCUAUGAGUAUGAGCGGAAAGAUGGAAAUCAGUCCUGUCCCCAGUGCAAGACUAGAUACAAAAGACAGAAAGGAAGUCCUCGAGUUGAAGGUGAUGAUGAUGAAGAUGAUGUUGAUGACCUGGAGAAUGAGUUUAAUUAUGCUCAAGGAAACAGCAAAGCCAGACGCCAGUGGCAGGGAGAAGAUGCUGACCUCUCUUCAUCCUCUAGGCAUGAAUCUCAGCAACCGAUUCCCCUUCUUACAAAUGGGCAGCCAGUAAGUGAUAAAAACUAUGAUGUUUUUAUACAAGGAUUAUUGUGUGUUUUGUUCUCUGGACAUGCUUCUGAGUGA